AUGGGAGUUUCAGAUCUAGAUAGACAAAUCGAUCAGCUCAAAAGGUGCGAAUACAUCAAAGAAGCAGAAGUCAAAGCCCUGUGCUCGAAAGCGCGGGAUAUCCUCGUCGAGGAAUGCAAUGUGCAGCGAGUAGAUGCUCCUGUCACAAUUUGCGGAGACAUCCACGGGCAGUUCUAUGACCUGGUGGAACUCUUCAAGGUAGGUGGUGAUUGCCCAGAGACAAAUUAUUUGUUCAUGGGCGACUUCGUUGACAGAGGAUUCUACAGUGUGGAGACUUUCCUGCUGUUAUUGGCCCUGAAGGUACGCUACCCCGACCGAAUAAUGCUGAUACGGGGCAACCAUGAAAGCCGCCAGAUAACUCAGGUUUACGGAUUCUACGACGAAUGCCUCCGAAAGUAUGGUAGCGUGAACGUGUGGCGAUACUGUACAGAGAUCUUCGACUACCUAGCCUUGGCUGCGCUCAUCGAGGAUCGCGUUUUCUGUGUCCACGGCGGGCUAUCUCCUGCAAUCAACACUUUGGAUGAUGUGCGCAGCAUCGAUCGCAAGCAGGAGGUCCCCCACGAGGGUGCCAUGUGCGACCUGAUGUGGUCAGAUCCAGAGGACCUAGACGGCUGGGGUCUGUCCCCAAGAGGUGCCGGCUAUCUCUUCGGUGCUGACGUUGUCAAGGGGUUCAACCAUACAAAUGGGAUUGAGCUCAUUGGACGUGCUCACCAGCUAGUCAUGGACGGCUAUAAGUGGAUGUUCAAUGAGGCUCUUGUGACUGUCUGGUCUGCGCCAAACUACUGCUACCGGUGUGGGAAUGUGGCUGCGAUUCUAGAGUUUGACGAGAACUUGAAGCAGUCUUUCCGCAUCUUUGAGGUUGGAGAGGACUGGAAGUUUUGUGCAAAUCCUCGUGGCAAGACGCCAGCAGAAGAGGUUAUCUUAGAAGCUUUCAGGAUGCUCGUUGACACCUGUCACGGUUCCAAGAUGCUCAAGCUCAAGCUCGUGAUGUCCUUCCUCGCCGUGGGCACGGCUGUGCCAGAGGAAGCUCCAAGUUCCGUGCUUGUUGAACUGGACGGAAAUGGCCAAGCCUCGAUGGUUGAGGCUGGCAAGAGACCAUUUCACAAAGACGCGCCGAAGUACGACGACGUCGAGAGAGCCCUGCAGGCGGCGAACCUGACGAGCAGCGAGCGCCAGGAGGUUGAGAAGACCCUCGAUGAUUUUCUCAACAAGUCGGAGCUGCCGAAGCCACAGGCCUCCCUGGUCCAGCUGGCGGCUUUUGCACCGGUCAGCGCGGCAGGCCCCGCACCGGGGCACACCGUGGCCUUAAAGAACCACACGGAGGUUGUCACCAAGCGCGGCACGGACCCCCAGUUGAAAGCUCUCAACGACCAACACGAUAAUCUCACACACCUGGUCCACGACCAGGCUGAAGCUGUGGCACACACUUCUGCGACCAUGAGUCGCAACAAGGAGGAUGUGGACAGACAAGCUGCUGAAGUCGAUCGGGUCGCCGACCUCUAUGGUCAGUCGCAUGCUAACACGAAGAAAGCCGAGGAUGCCUACAAGGCUCAUUUGGUUGCUUUGGCAAUUGCAAAGAAGCGACGUGACGAUUUGAAGCAGAAGGCGGACGACGCACGCAAGACCCUUGAGACGGUGGUGCCAGAGUACAAUGCUGCUGAGUACAAACUCGGGAUCCUGAUGUCGCAGACUCCCUGGCUGAAGGAUGAAGCAAAGAAGAAAGAGGCCGAAGAAGGGAAGCGUGCCGACGACCUCGAAAACACAGAGAACAAGAAGAAAGAGAUGCAGGACAAGUUGAACGGGGAUGACAAAGCUUUGCAGGCUGCGAUCUCCAAGCUCAACGGUCUCAACGGUGAUCUCAAGAGAAUAGAGGACAAGAUUGAGCACUGGAACAGUGCGUCCUCAUUGGCCGAAUCUGAGUGGGUCAGCUGCGGACUCGGACAAAUGCAGAGAAAAGACGGGCCAAAGAUACUGAUUAGCUACUUCCGGGCUUUGGAGUUGGCUCAAACCUUGGGUCCUCGCCCACAGGCCGAAAGUAUUUUUGAAGUUUGGGUAGGUGCUGCAUCCAGUCUGUUUUCCCAAAGCUGGCGAGAGCCGGCCACGACUACGAUGCUGGCGAGCACGGAGGAGGCUAUCGGCAGAACCACUGUCGCUUCUGCACGAAGGCAUGGCAACGUCCGUAGGAGGUUGGCUUCUUUGCACCGUCCUGCCUUAAUUUGUUUGGUUUUGUCCGUGGCUGCGACGGCGUUUGUGAACGUCGAUCCUAGAGCUGGCAGCAGAGCAUCUCAACUUCCGAGACAAGCACGCAUGAGUCCAGCUGCAGUGGAGUCCAAUGACCUUGAGUACAUGCCCAUGAAGAUGGCCAGCUUUGCCACAGGCAUCCUGAGACCUUUCUUUGUCGUUCAGGCUGGGCCUAUGUUACAGGCAGAGUGA